CGACGUCUCCCCCGUCAUGUCUCCUUCUAGCUCCUAACCUCUCAGCGUCUCUCUCCUUCUCUCUCUCUCUCUCUCUCUCUCUAUCUCUCCCUCUUUAUGCCUCUCCAGUGGCUCCCUCCCCCUGUCAUCCAGCUCUCCCCUCUCUUGCUCCCAUCUCUCUCUUCUGGUUUACCCACUUACUGUGUCUGCUCUCGGCAUCAUGAAGUGUGAGCAUUGUAUCUGGGGUCUCUCUGUGCUCCUGGCUCUAUGUUUAGGAUGGACACAGGGCCAGAGCCAGAGCCAACCAGAGACUAACUACACCAGGCCUGUGUUCCACUGUGGGGGAGACAUGGUUGCAGACUCAGGCUUUGUGGGCAGUGAAGGAUUUCCCAACUACUACAAACCCAACAGCAAAUGUACCUGGCGCAUUACCGUCCCAGAGGGCAAUGUGGUCAUGCUCUCUUUCCGCAUUUUUGACCUGGAGGCUGACCCCAUGUGUCGCUAUGACUACCUGGAUGUGUACAAUGGCCACUCCAACAUGGUGCAGAAGCUGGGGAGGUUCUGUGGAACGUUCAGGCCUGGUACUCUCAUCUCCACCACUAACACCAUAAUGCUGGAGAUGGGGAGCGACUCUGAGACUGGAGGGAGGGGCUUCCUGGCUUACUUCAAUGGAGGAAAACCACAUGUGGAUGAGCACCAAUUCUGUGGAGGAAAGAUGACAAAAGCCCAGGGUGAAGUUAAAACACCUAACUGGCCAGAGAAGAAUUACCCAGCAGGCAUCAGUUGCUCCUGGCUCAUCACAGUAGAGCGGGAUCAGGUGAUUGAGGUGAAGUUCGGUAAGUUUGAUGUGGAGUCAGACAGUUACUGUCGCUUUGAUUAUGUGGCCUUCUUCAACGGUGGAGAAAAAGAUGACUCUCGACGCAUUGGAAAAUACUGCGGAGACGUCAGCCCCCAAACCAUUGUGACCAAUGGGAAUGUGCUCCUAGUACAAUUUGUGUCUGACCUCAGCGUGACCUCUGAUGGCUUCAUGGCCAGUUACACCAGCAUCCCUCGCGGAUCCAGAACUCCCACAGUAGACAACACAGGAUCAGGACCCCGUAAAGAGUCAGUCCCCAGGAAGCCUGUUGUUAAACCCAUCCUGCCUGAGAGAACAGUCAUCACCACCACUACCACCCAACCACCCACUACAGCCAGACACCAGGCCCCCCCAACCCCACAGCCCCAGGAGCCCACUGCCAAGCCCAAACCAGUCAAACCAGUCAGGACCCGCCCACCAAACAAGCCAGGCCCAGACAGGACCAGAGUUACUAGACCAGAAAGGAAGAAGCCAGUUCACUUGAACCCACUGUGUGCAAAGGCAUGUAAGAGGGAUGGAAAUAUCAAGAGCAGUUUCUGUGCCAGUGAAUUUGUGAUCACGGGUAAGGUGACAGCGCUGACCCCUGGUCCUCAGGGCAGUGUUUAUAUCAGUGUGUCUCUCAUCAAGGCCUACAAGGCUGGCCGGCUGACCAUCACCCAGGCUGGAGAGAACAUGUCUGUCAAACUGGUGUCAGCCUGCAUGAAGUGCCCUGUCAUCCGCAAAGGAAUGCCUUACAUCUUGAUGGGCCAGGUUGAUGAGGAUGGGCGUGGAACAAUGGCUCCUGGGGCUUUCACUGCCCCAUAUAAGGCCCCGCAUCACAAACUGCUGACCAAUAUUAACAACCAACCAUGCUAACCUCACACCCCAGUCCACCAAUCAGGGAAAUUCAGCCUCGUGCAUGGAUACCAUGACGAGCAAGGUUACGAUGCCCCAAAAACAAUGUUUAUUCUUGAGGAGUCCUUAAUGAAGUGAAUUAUCUUGUUUUUUCACUUAAUGUUUGAUGACACUAACUUAAUUGCUGAAAUCUCCUUUCAUGGGUUGCUCACAGGUUCAGAUUAAAUGACAAGCAUCACAUAGCAACAGUUUGACCCACCUCAUAAUAGGGCUAUAUAUUAUAUUAUUUUUGUAAUUUAUGUCUCUCAAUAAAGGAUUUAUAACAUA